GAGAAUUGACGAGACUUUAGAGGACAGAUUUAAGCCGCGGGGUGGGGUCUUAUGGAGGAAGGGGGCAGGCCCUUGUGUAUAUGGGCCUGUUGGAAGGCUAGGGGAGGAUUUGAAAGAGAGGAAAGUACUGAUCCGGCAUGAUAAGGGGUGGGGCUAAGUGAGUCGUUAAAGUGUUUGAUCGCGGAUGGGUCUGGCUUAGUGUAAGCGUGGGUGUUUGUAAGUGGGCCAUAGGCCGGAAAGGGCAGGUUUGUGAAAGGAUAUAGGAAGGGGUGUAAGAAAUGAGAGAGGCUUGAUCCAGCAAAAGGUACGGUGAUUGACUGGAAAGAGAAGGUCCUUAAAUGUCCGGAUUGAGUCAGGUUAAUUGAUUCCUUGAAAACGCGAGGCGUGAAAUCAAAGGGGGGGGAGAAAAUCUUGUAAAAGGGGCGUGGUGUAGUGGAACAGGCGGGACCAGGUGGGAUGAGCACUUCAGUGGCUGGAGAAGCCCUGAAGGGGCGGGACUUAGAGGCACUGCGGAUUGGGUUCCUGGGGCUCCCUCUGGGCCCCCCUAACCCCCUCACAACCACUAUCCCGCCAGAGUCGCGUCAGGGCCCGAAUCUCCCCAGCUAUGACUUCCACCUGCCAGGAUUCCACAGCCUCCAGGCAGCGGAAGGGUAGGCAGAAUCCCCAAUCGCCUUAUCACGACGUGAACGCCAUCACGAAGAGAACUGUUAAGAAGGGUGCUGUGCCCCGCUGCACUCCCAAUCUAUCGGAGAUAAAGAAGAAAGGAAAGAUGAAGAAGCUUAGCCAACCAGUUGAAGAAGACCUAGUCAUGGGGCUGCAAGGGCUGGAUCUUAACCCUGAAGUGAAGGUAAUGGUUGGUACUGGCUUGGUGUUUGAUGAACCUAAUGACUUUCAUUGCCUCUGGGAUGACAGCUACCCUGAAAAUCCUGAAAGGCUCCAUGCCAUCAAGGAGCAACUUAUCCAGGGCCUGCUGGACCGUUGUAUAUGCUUUCCGGCCCGGGUUGCAGAAAAGGAAGAGCUCAUGUUGGUUCACAGCCCCGAAUACAUUGACCUGAUGGAGACAACCCAGUACAUGAAUGAAGGAGAACUUCGCAUACUAGCAAGCACCUAUGAUUCCGUCUAUCUACAUCCGAACUCGUUUAUUUGUGCCUGCCUGGCUUCAGGCUCCAUCCUUAGGCUGGUAGAUGCCGUCCUCGGGGCUGAUCGGAACGGCAUGGCUAUCAUCAGGCCUCCAGGACACCAUGCCCAGCAUGAUCUGAUGGGUGGGUAUUGCAUGUUCAACCAUGUUGCUUUAGCUGCUCGUUAUGCUCAAAAGAGCACCACAUUAAGAGGUCAGGUCCUUAUCGUGGACUGGGACGUUCAUCAUGGCCAAGGAACACAGUUCAUGUUUGACCAGGAUCCCAGUGUUUUGUACUUCUCCAUCCACCGCUAUGAGCAGGGUCGGUUCUGGCCCCACCUCCAGGCCUCUAACUGGUCUGCUAUAGGUUAUGGUCAAGGCCAAGGCUACAACAUCAAUAUACCAUGGAAUCAGGUGGGGAUGCGGGAUGCGGACUACAUUGCUGCUUUUCUCCAUGUCCUGUUACCUGUUGCUUCUGAGUUUCAGCCGCAACUGGUCCUGGUAGCUGCUGGAUAUGAUGCCCUCCAAGGGGACCCCAAGGGAGAGAUGGCUGCCACCCCUGCAGGCUUUGCCCAGUUAACCCAUCUGCUCAUGGGUAUGGCAGGAGGCAAACUGAUUCUGUCUCUGGAGGGUGGUUACAACCUUCAGUCUCUGGCUAGGGGUGUCAGUGCAUCACUCCAUACGCUUCUGGGAGACCCUUGCCCUAUGCUAGAGUUCCCUGGUGCACCAUGUCGAAGUGCUCAGGCUUCGGUCUCCUGCACUCUGGAAGCACUGGAACCAUUCUGGGAAGUACUUGUGAACACAGGUGAUAGUACAGAGGAGGACAAUGAGGCCAGAGACAACGGGAAUGAGAGACAAGAGGAAGGGGAAGGACUCUUGGGGGCCACUUCACUGCCAGUCCUGACAUGGCCCACAGUGCAGCAUCGUACAGGAUUGGUCUAUGACCAAAGAAUGAUGAGUCACUGCAACCUGUGGGACAACCACCAUCCUGAGACACCCCAGCGCAUUUUGCGGAUCAUGUGCCACCUGGAGGAAUUAGGCCUGGCAGCACGCUGCCUCCACCUGCCAGUGCGGGCUGCCACUGAUGCCGAACUCCUUACUUGCCACAGUGCCGAGUACGUGGAGCGUCUCCGGGCCACAGAGACGAUGAAAAGCCGGGAGCUGCACCGCGAGGGGGCCAACUUUGACUCCAUCUACAUCUGCCCCAGCACAUUCACCUGUGCUCAGCUAGCUACGGGGGCUGUCUGCCGCCUGGUGGAAGCUGUACUGUCAGGAGAGGUUUUGAACGGCAUUGCUCUGGUGCGCCCCCCUGGACACCAUGCGGAGCACGAUGCUGCCUGUGGCUUCUGUUUUUUUAAUUCUGUGGCUGUGGCUGCUCGCCAUGCCCAAGCCAUUAGGGGGAAUGCCUUAAGGAUUCUGAUUGUAGAUUGGGACAUCCAUCAUGGGAAUGGAACUCAGCACAUUUUUGAGAAUGACCCCAGUGUGCUUUAUAUGUCCCUGCACCGCUAUGAUCGUGGCACAUUCUUCCCCGUGGGGGAUGAGGGGUCCAGCAGCCACGUAGGUCAGGCUGAGGGCAUGGGCUUCACUGUCAAUAUAGCCUGGAAUGGGCCCCGUAUAGGUGAUGCUGACUACCUGGCGGCAUGGCAUCGACUUGUGCUUCCAAUUGCAUACGAGUUUAACCCAGAACUGGUGCUGGUAUCCGCUGGUUUUGAUGCUGCACAAGGUGACCCACUGGGUGGCUGCCAGGUGUCACCAGAAUGUUAUGCCCAUCUCACUCACAUGCUGAUGGGCCUGGCCAAUGGCCACAAUAUCCUUAUCCUAGAGGGUGGCUACAACCUGACAUCCAUCUCAGAGUCUAUGGCUGCCUGCACCCAUUCCCUCCUUGGAGAUCCACCACCCUUGUUGUCUAUGCUUCGGCCACCACAACCAGGGGCCCUGGCCUCAAUUAUGGAGACCAUCCAAGCCCAUCGCAGAUACUGGCGCAGUUUGAGGGCCCCGCAGGUAGAAGACAAGGAUUCACCCUGCACGUCCAAACCCGUUACCAGAAAGGCAUCCCAUCCAACCCAUCUUAGGUUGGCUAAGGGGGUGACCAUGUCAGAAGGAAAGGGUGUAAAAGCAAGCACAAGGAAAAUUAGCUCAGCACCAUCUACAAAAACACCUGCUACAGCUCACACCAAAGUGAAGACAGCCAGAGGGGCCACAUGUACCCCAAACAAGGCUCAGAGAUCUACUUGGAAAACAAAAGUGACCUGGGACACCUCUGAGAACACAGUGGGAGGAGCCAUGGUGGUCCAGGGGGCCUUCGAGAAUAGUGCUGGAGGUACGAAGAUGGAGCAGGUGACCUCCAGUGAAAAUGUGGAAGAAGUCAUGGACCCGAUCACCUUUGAGGAGACUGUUGGAGGAGGAGCCAUGGUGGACAAGGUCACCUAUAAGAAGACUGAAGGAAACAAGGUAGACCAUGCCACCUCUGAGGAGACUGUGGGAGGAAACACGGUGGAUGAGGCUACUUCUGAGGAGACUGUGGGAGGAGACACGGUGGACCGGGCCACCUCGGAGGAGACUGUGGGAGGAAACAUGGUGGACUGGGCCAUCUCCCAUGAGGUUGUGGGAGGGGACCUGGUAGACCAGGUCACCUCUGAGGAGACUAUGGGAGGAGACAUGGUGGACAAGGUCACCUCCAAGGAGGCCAUGGGAGGUGCCAAGGUGGACGAGGUCACCUCCAAGGAGGCCAUGGGAGGUGCCAAGGUGGAUGAGGUCACCUCCAAGGAGGCUGUGGGAGGUGCCAAAGUGGACGAGGUCACCUCCAAGGAGACCAUGGGAGGUGCCAAAGUGGACAAGGUCACCUCCGAGGAGACCAUGGGAGGUGCCAAGGUGGACCAGGUCACCUCCGAGGAGACCAUGGGAGGUGCCAAGGUGGACGAGGUCACCUUCGAGGAGACCAUGGGAGGUGCCAAGGUGGACGAGGUCACCUGGAAGGAGACCAUGGGAGGUGCCAAGGUGGACGAGGUCACCUCCGAGGAGACCAUGGGAGGUGCCAAGGUGGACCAGGUCACCUUCGAGGAGACCAUGGGAGGUGCCAAGGUGGACGAGGUCACCUGGAAGGAGACCAUGGGAGGUGCCAAGGUGGACGAGGUCACCUCCGAGGAGACCAUGGGAGGUGCCAAGGUGGACCAGGUCACCUUCGAGGAGACCAUGGGAGGUGCCAAGGUGGACGAGGUCACCUCCAAGGAGACCAUGGGAGGUGCCAAGGUGGACGAGGUCACCUCCAAGGAAACCGUGGGAGGUGCCAAGGUGGACGAGGUCACCUCCAAGGAGACCGUGGGAGGUGCCAAGGUGGACGAGGUCACCUCCAAGGAGACCGUGGGAGGAGCCAAGGUGGACGAGGUCACCUCCAAGGAGACCGUGGGAGGAGCCAAGGUGGACGAGACCAACUCAGAUGAUGCUGUGGGAGGAGCCAAGCUGAUCCAAACUCCUCUAGACUCAGACAGAGAUAAGCAGAUCUCACUUCAGCAGGGAACCACAUCCCAGCUAGCCCCCCAUCAGCAGAUUGGAGGUCCCAGAAUUUUAGAACCAGGCAAUGCAGCUCAGAGAGCCCUGGAAGAUGAAGACCCGGAAGAUGAAGGCCUACUAGGAGAAGCAGCUGGAGGUGAGCCUAUUAAUAGCUCUGAGCUGGUAUAUGGAUCUGGGGAAGCUGCUGCUGCUGCUGCUGCUGCUGCUGCUUCUACUGCUGCUGCUGCUGCUAUUGGUGUUGCUGCUGACAGUGAUGAGGACUUAUUUUAUGCUGUAACACCAAUGCCUUGGUGCCCCCAUUUGGGGGCAGUGUGCCCCAUACCUGCAGCGGGACUGGACAUAAACCAACCUUGUGAUAGCUGUGGAACUUUCCAGGAGAACUGGGUGUGUCUUAGUUGCUAUAAGGUAUACUGCAGUCGUUAUAUAAAUGGCCACAUGAUCAAUCAUUAUGAAGCUUCUCAACACCCAUUAGUUCUCAGCUGUGUUGACCUCUCUUCCUGGUGUUACCACUGCCAGGCCUAUGUCCACCACCAGGAUGUCCUCCAUGUGAAGACUGUGGCCUACAAGAACAAAUUUGGAGAGGACAUGCCGAUACCCAACUAAAUCCCAGAAUACAUACCCUGUUCCACAUUUCACAAGACCCCAAAUAAACUAGCCCCAGUUCUU